AUGCUUACCUCUAUCAAUGUUAAGUUCAUCCUCGACAGUGCACGUUUAGGGUUGUGCAGCUCGGCAAAUAUUCUCCAAAUAGCAGAUGUCGCCCUUCGAGUUGUCGUCUUGCUGUUCUUGCCAUGUUUUAAGCUAUUUUUUUGCCUUCUUCUUGCUUUUGAAAUCAGUGAAAUGUCUUUGAUUUUGUUUUCACAACCAAAACAACUCAAUCUUGUCCCCAGGUCUUCUCGGUUAAAGGUCAAUAGCUGGUUAUUACGAAUUAUGCGUGUACUUUUAGCCAAUCAGAAUCGGGGAAAUAUUUUGAAUGAUUAAUAAUGAGUCAUAUACCAUGAUGUCUAAGCCAAUUAGAGCACUAGAAUUGCAUUAUCCAAUGAUUCAAUUCUUAAUAGUAAGCGAUACUCUCCACCCCAGAAAUAAUACAGUGAAACCCCGUAAAUCCCGACACUGAAGGGGCCGUACUAAGAAAGAGUCCGUAUUAACGGGGUGACCUUAUUAAUCGGGUUGAAAAUGAAAGGGCUUUCUUUCCCCAGGGACAAAGCCAACUGUCCAUAACAAUGAGAUGUCUGUAUUGAGCGGGUUUCCAGACUGGAGAGGGGUUUGACUGUACAAUAAAUAAAAGGAACCUCGAUAUAACAAAACCUCUUUAUAGUGAGGAUAUUUUGCCAGUCCUUUGGGUCUUCGUUCACCUGUUCGUUAUUAUAUAUCGAGAUUCCAAUGUAAACUGUUGUGUGGUUGUUAAAAAGAGAAAACGAGACGCCGUUUAGCUAUUGAAAUCAACCCUUAGUAGCACAGGCCAUAUUGGUGGGAGGUAACAGAAGUGGGGUUCAUCCUAUCAACCGAUCGUUAGAGCGCCUCUAAAGACGGCGUGACGAAACAAGUCGCAAAGGAGGAAACCAGUGGGAUAAACAAAAUCAACACGUAAAAACUCCAAAGCGUUGUGAUGCCCCAUAUAUUGUCACAAAUACACAGGAGGGGAGGGUAAGAGUAAGAAUGUUACCCCCUACGGUUGCACAAAAAAAUGGUAACGAUUUUCAAAUAAUAUUUGCUCGUUUUGUCUUCUUAUCAUCUGAUACAGGUUUACAGUCUAAAGCUCCGCAGAUUUCUUCUCCCGUGGUUUCGGUGACAGCCUACUUCAAUGUCAGUUUAAAGUGCUUAGUAUCUGUUAGGCCAAGCGACUGUUUGGACAAUUCUUUACGGUGGUAUUUUAACAACAACUCAGUGAAAUUAAAAUCUGGUGAAAAGUAUGAUAUACAAGAAAGGACAACCAACACCAAAUGCAAAAAAGAUUUCAUUCCCACCAUUGUUAACGUUACUGAUGCAGACGAAGGAAAGUAUAAAUGUGAGUGGCUCUGCGAGAAUAACGACCCCAGCUUUUCCAGGUCUUCAAUUAUCCGGUUGAAAGUAUAUCCUCCAGAAGAAGGUACUGAUACUCUUGUGAUAUCUAAAGGUCUUGUGUCACGAAAUUUAUCAUUGAAUUCAAAAAGUGAAAAACCCCACCAAAUUGAGUGAAGCAAGAAAAUAACCGCUCAAAACCCCGGGGAGGGGGAUGUACUUAGGAAAAUGUUUGCUGGGUAUAUGCUGCUGGCAUCUCAGAGCCCCUACCCCAUUAUAGUCUAUUCUGUGGCCAAUUAUAGACCCCAUCUUAGUCACUUUUGGGCAAAUGUGUAAUUUUCGCGAUCCCAAAUUAGUCGCUUUCUAUUUUUAUGAAUUGACCCAUUUUUUAGAUUGAAUUAAGAGCACUUUACUUCUCAUCUGCAUUACAAACAUUCUGGUACGUUUGCUAACCAUAAAUAUGGAGAACUGUCUUACCCCAAAAAAUCCGAAAAUGUGCGACCCCAUUAUAGUCAAUCCAGUCAUGAAAAUGGGGCCCCAUCCAGCGGCACAUCCCCAUUAUCCUCUUAUUAGGAAGUACCCCCCCCCCCCUCCCCGGUUCAAAACAGUAAUACAGAAAAUGCAAAAAGAGUCAUGUAUGGACAAGCUUGAAGGGUUGAAACUGAUUGCAACUGAGUGUUUCAUUAGAAAACGAAUUCGAAGAAUCCAUUCCGAAGAAUAACUCGCAAUUGUGUAACAGUAAUUUGAUCUAAUUUCAUUCGAUCUGAAAUCAAAUUGUACAAAUAUAUUCUAUUCAAUAAGUGUAAUCAAAACAAUAAUUGAUAAAUGAAACUAGAUAAAGCGGAAUAAAUGCCGAUAAAAGCUAAACGUUGAUACAAGCGAAAUCGCGUGGUUCUUGAAAGAAACAAAGUCAAUUUAAGCUACUUUAAGUCUGUUUAAAAGGUAACCAGAGAAAAAAACUAAAUUAACAAAACGAAGCUAACAUACAGUUCACUUACUUCACUGUCGACUGUUUUCUUAAAUGUCCUUGAAUAAGCAUUAAAUCGGUCCGGAUAACAGGUAAAAUCCUCCUCAGUGUUAACCCUUUGAUCCUUGAAGUACGGCGGUCGGUAAAAAACUUAUAAAAACUCGAACAAAGCGGGUACUUUUGUGGUUCCUGUUGGGCGUUUACGGUUUCCCUACUUUUGCCUGCUAGAUUAAAUAUAAAAAUUCCUUGAAUAGUUAUUUUACUAAGUUAACACUGAGGUUUUUGGAAACUCAAAUAGCCUAAACGUUUUUCAAAAUUCAUUUUUUUGUCUGUAACUUUUGAUACAAUGUUUGGGGAACAAAUGUGUUUGACAUGAAGCAGCGAUUUUGUCAUUUGCAAGUGAUUUCUUAACUUACGCUGAGCUCCAUUGAGAAUAAGGACAUAUUUGGCAAAAUUAUCAAAAUGAACCAGCAAACCAUGACGUCACAGCCCAUUUGUUCCGGUGAGAGGGUACUCCCUUUGUAAGAGAAUUGUUUAAAACCAUUUGGGUCUGAACCAGGGAAAGGUUUUGCGCCGUUUGGAUACAGGGUCUGAAUUAUAUGUUCGUGCAUGAGUUUUUUAUAUUUUUGUUGUUGCUACUGUUUUAAUCAUCCUCCUUCAGGUCUGUGAAUAGGGAAGGAAAAGUCGUACUUGUUGAAACAGGUGGACAGCGAAUUCCAUAAAUACGUGAACUUGAAAUUUCCUUUUAAACGGAUAGGGCGAUUGGAGGGUAAAGUUUACUUCUGUUUUUGAAAUAAUUAUAGUGUAAAUUAUAGCUGAAAUUUCUACUCGUGCGGCUAUUUAUUACUAGGUGCCAGACAGUAACUCUGUAGCAAUACCCAUACAGAGGACGGCGACUCGUAACACCCUCCUUUAUCUGCAUAAUCGUUUCACAUGAUACAAUAGUCGAAUCAGAAUCCAGCUUCUGGGUUGAGUAAUCAGUAUUAGGUUCCAGACCUCUUAUAUUUUAGGGCAGGUUUUGCACAUGCGCAGUUUCAUUAAAAGAAUGACUGGCAAAUGGUUCUUUUUUUGUUGUUGUUUAAGACUAGAAUAUUACAAUUUUGUCGACGAGGAUGGCGCUUGUAGGUCGAGUUGGAGAGUAUGUGGACGGUAAAGAAGAUAUUGCAAGUUAUAUCGAAAGAGUGGAAUUGUUUUUUGCGGCAAAUUAUGUCAAGGCGGAUUACAAAGUUGCUACGUUUAUAGCCUUUAUCGGAUCAGAUGCAUAUGGCGUGCUGCGAUAUAUGUUAGCUCCUGAACGUCCAAAAUAGGCUUUUGUGCAAUAGUAUGAAAAGCUGACUGAACGAUUUGGAAACCCAGCCCUAAUUUCAAAGUCAGUGAUCAAUAAGUUCCUGGAGAUAUCAGCAGAUCAGGAUGAAAACAAUUUGACAACUCGCGCAACAUUGUGAGAACAUUCAUGGAGCAGGCUUUAGACCAGGAACUAAUAUGCAGCAGAUUGUUGCAAAGCUACCUCCAAAAAUUGUCGUAAGGUGAAGCAGGCAAAAGUUAAAGCUACAGCCCAAAUAAGUUGACCUUAGCGACGUAGAUGAGUGGCUGAAAUCGAGAGUCAAGUCAAACUGAUAGCCUUUGGUUGCUCCAGUAAUUUAGAGAAUCCUGAACAAGAGAAACCCAAGUCAAAUUCAAAUAAAUCGAAGUGGCUCAGGAGAAAGAACAUGCGAAGACUCAUGUAAUGUUUUGUGAGCUAAGAAAACCAUGUACUGACAUUGUAUGAAACCUGGAAGAAUCAACUGUAAGUAAAGGAUGGUAAUUGUAAGAGAAGUUGGGUUUCUGCUUUAGAUGCCACAGUAGAGGACAUCGUCGGCUGAGAUAUUCCAAUCCUCGCAAGAAGCCACAGGAGAGACGUCAUCACCUGGAGUACCAACUAAUCACACGAGCUCAUCAGCGUACGGGGCGGGGUGGGGGGGGGGGCUGCAGCCCCCCUUGUCGGAAAAAAAUAGUAUUAUUCGGGCAAAACUGAUGUACCGUUCGGGCAAUUAAAGACACAGUAAAAAAUAUUUUAUUAUUUAAUAUCUUGAUUUAUUUGUUUUCAUUCCGCAUCUCGCCUAAUCUUCUAACUGAUCUCUGUACUACUUCACGGGAUGGCUGUUAUUACUCGGAGUUGGAACAUUGAGUUCUGCCGAGGGGCUGGGAGUGAUAAUCAAGACCGCGCUGGGACUGGAACUGCGUAUGAGUUGGCGGCCAUGUUGAUUUAUGUCAGUUCUCGAGUGCAUGUGCAUGUAAUCUGGUGGAUUGAAGUAUGUCUUUGUCGAAGUCUCGUAAAAGAUCAUAUCGAUACCGUGUGAAAUGUGAAGAAUGCGAGAAAGAAUUUGACUCCGACUAUGUAGAAGCUCAUUCCGGAAUUGUUCCCAGCGGCCGAAAAGUGAAGUAUCGCCGUUAUUAACACUGAAAGAAAGUAUGCAAACAAGACAAUGCAGAAUAACAUGCAAAGGAUUAUUGACAUAUUUGGGUGUCGAAGUAAUCGUUCUUCAUACUUCUUUUAGAGCUCAAAUGGGUACGUUUUAUCUCUCACUUCAUGGUUUUGUAUUUUACAAAUGUUCAUCUCGAUUUAUUGAAAAUAUUUGCACUAUUUUGAACGCCUGUGCUCUCACGGCAUGGCGAAGAAAACUUGACGUCACGAAAGAAUCAUCUUGUGCAUCUGUGACCAACAAGUUUCAUUGGGGCAAAUUAUAUUCCCCCCACCCCCCCAACAAAAUUUUUCCCGUUCGCCGCUGCACGAGCUGUUGAGGUUCUGAAGACUUGAACCGUUAAGUGUACCACGCCCUGAAAGGGUAGCGCUGCAGAUGAUACCCACCAUGGUACCUGGGUCUCGGUCUGGGUCUGGGUCUGGGUCGUCCUUCCUCAAGAGGAGAUCGCUGACAUACUGGGUUUGUACGCACUCUGUGUUGCUGCUUUUGGAGUGAAGUCGAAUGUAGCGGAUAGCAGCCUUGAGGGUAUGAAUUGGAGCAACAAGAAGCAAUUAUUUUUUGUUGAAAUUUGUGAAAUGAAAGCAAUUGAUUGGUCCGUCAAUGCAAGAAAUUAGAUUAUAAUCGCGACCUGGAGAUCAUAAAGCCAGUUCAACAUAUAGAAGUUGAUUGAGAAGUGAUUGUUAUGAGGAACUCAUUUUACCACUUGAAUAUCGCAAAGGACAUCUGGGGAAGCCUGUAAGAGUAAAGAAAGCCACUCAGAUAGACAAUAGUUGGAAAUGUCUCGGAGGAAGCAAACGAGUUUCAUGAGGCUUGCCAUGUUUAACCAUACCAUAUAACCUUUACUCCAGAAAUGAGGGCCGAUGAGAUAAUGCAGGGAAUGUGGGACGAAGACGUUGCGGGAAUUGCUGAUCAAAACAAGCGCUUGACAGCAGAGGAGGUGCUUACUGCGCGCACAGGCACAAUCAAGGCGUUAUGCUGAGGGGCUAUUAGGUGGCAAUUCCAUGGAAGGACGAAGAUACGCCGUUGUGUUCAAACAGAAAGACUCCUGGAGACCGACUUAUCUAUUGAGAAAAACCUUCAGCCAAGGCUGGAGGUUGCUGAGAAAUACUGCCAGGUUAUAGAAGCCAAGGUAUGAAAAAAUGAAUCCAAGGGUUACUUUCGGAUUACAUCCAGUUGGUACCUGCCUCAUUUUCAUGUAGUGAGAGAAGACAAAGAGACCACUAAAGUGAGGAUAGUGACGAUUCAGUAGCCAUAUACGGAGGUUAUCCAUAUACGGAUAGCCAUAUACGGCAGUUAUCUUGUUGCCCUGGUAGCAGAUCUGACGGAAAUUUGAGGUUGGAGGUUACACCUCUCUAGACUUCCAGAAGUCUAUGAAGCAAUGAGCUUGACGUUCGUUGACCGCGCCUCACUUUACCUUGCCCAGUACGUUGUGCGACAACAUGCAGAAGAUAACAGAAAUGACCACCCGCUAGCAAUAGCCAUAAUCCUAUUACAGGUGUACGUGGAUGACAUUAUGACUUCAUUGAGCACUAACGAUGAAGCGAUUAAAGUUCGAGAAGAGCUUAGGGAGCCACUUGGCAAGGCAAACUUCAAAAUGCGGUCUGGGUGUAGUCACAGGCCAGAAAUACCUUUCAUGAAAGCAUAAGGAAAGCAAUAAGAUGAUGAGACGGAUGUGUUUAACCUUUUUCAAGUUGAAUCCCUUGCAGGAUGUUGUCUAUGCUAGGCGAAGGUUCGUAAAGAAAUUUUCUAUGCUUUUUACCCAUUACAGGAAGGAUGGAUUUGCAGGGAGCAUAGUUACUGGGUUUAAAAUAGGACGACUUAAAGUACACGUAUCCAGAAUAAAUUAUUAAUGAUUCAGUGAGUUACGAGAAUGUUUUGAGGACAUUUUUCAAGGUGCUAUCGCAUUGCUGAGAACAUUGUUGUUUACACAUCUAUUCAUACAGCGGGGGACGCGUCGCUGUUGGAAUAUGUAGAUGUAACUUACGUUGGGCACAAAUAUGAAGAUUCAGCUCGAGGAGGAAAAGGGAAGCAAGUUAGAGCUCUUGGCAAGAAAGAAAGGUGUAAGAGUUGUUAGAGAUUCCCUUCGAAAGCUGUACCGUGACACGCUGAACAGACAGUAAGGGCGUUUUUUUCUGGAUCCAGAGUCAGUCGAGGAGGUCUUAGACUUCUGUCGCCAACGGAAUAUUUAAUAAUUAUUCCUCGAACCCGAAUGGGCUCUGAUUCAAUAGUCCAUGAGGCCAAUCCCGAAUGGGUUAUUGACUCAGAGGCCAUGAAGGCGAGAGGAAUGAUUGUUUUUGUAAAAUCCAUUUAGUUGGUAAAAAAACAUCGAGACAAAACAACUAGCUAGUUAAAGCUAGACUUUAAUCCUUUUUUGCCGCCAAAAAGCCGGCGCUUUUCGCUACUAAUGGGCUAUAACAUAUAGCCUAGUAGUAGCUCAACCAGUCAGAACGCAGCAUUGAUAAUAGAUCACCACUAUUUGGAUUUUACUAACAGAUUUAUCAGACGCCUAACCCUAGACAGUGGAGACAAGUACAAGACUUUUCUUGCCAACCGAGUAUCAAAGAUUCAUCAGACGCCUCACCACAGAUAGUGAAGAGACUUACAAGACUUUUUACGCCAACUGAGUAUUGGAAAUAAUCAAACGUAUAUCUAGAACCUCAAUGAAUUGACGUUUGAUCCCAGGAGCCGUUGGAUACUGAUUCUUAACCUGGUAAAGCUGUUCUGGAGGCACUGGAGAAAAGAGUUUCUGGCAACACUUAAUACCCAAAUGAAAUGGAGGGAGGCGACGGACAACCUAAAAGUUGGGGGUGUUGUGUUCGUUGUCGAUCAAAAUGCUCCAAUCGGUCGGUGGUAGUUCUUCCGCAUCAGGAUGGACAGGUACGCGCUUUGCAAGAAGCUUAUCCACCCAACAACACGACUGUGUUUAUUGAACGUCGCUGACCAGCCAUAGUCCUAAAGAGAGGAGCUGAGCAUCUGGAACUCCUUGUAAGCUCCAGGUGAUACCCCUGCGUAGGGGACUGGAACUAGUCAAGUAAAAAGUUCCCUAAGAACCUGGAAAAUUGGCUGUUGUGUGUUCUUGUUUGAACCAAGCUUUGGAACAGAAUUUCUCACGCCUGAGAAAAUCCAAAAGACGAGUUUCAUACGGCCAUGUAUGUUCCAGGUUUCCGCAGGUAUACCACACCUUCCAGGGGCUACACCUUCCUUUACUACGCGCGUUGAUGGCAUCCAACAGUUCGUUGAAUUCAUGUUUUUCCUCAAGGAAUGCAAUGUUUACGGGUCAGCAAACAGAACUAUACCAGGAAACGCGUCGGCGAAACAGGUCAGCACGACAUCAGUAUAUGCAUUUCCGUGGAAUAACUGCGAGUUUGCUAGAUUUACGCCCACUCUUAGGUCUGCUCUAAUGUUCCUCCCCGAGAAGGGACUUUUCGGGGGUUCAUUUCCCAAACAGCGGCUGGUAAUCAAGCCUAAUUGCGAGCCAAAGUUAUUCGAACUCAGGGGCUCUCAGGGGUUGAGCUUUUUCGAACUGUUAUCAGCGAAACAACCGUAAAACAGAUUACUUUUAAUAUUAAAUCGGUGUUAGAAAAAUGCUGAUGAUAUUACUUACAGUCGGAAAUAUGCAGUAAGAAUACUUCUAGAAAAACACUCGAUUUGUUAAAAACAGGGACGGCAUGGAAUCGUUGGGAAAUGAUGACGUUUCAUCCCCGAGCUCCCCCAAGUAUGAAAUGGUUAGGGAUGACGUAAAACAGAAAAUGCCCGAAGGUCCGCUUGGGUUGAUUUUGUGACAUUUACUGGACCUUUAUACUUCUACUUGUGCGCGUUUCGUCUGUUCAGUGACAUUUUGUGAAGCAGCUGUUUUGAAGCUAUUAAAAAAAAUGCAAUUUACAUUCCUUUGUCUCAUUUUGUUCUCUUAAACAAGCGUCAUAAACUCUGACCACGAAAGAGAAAAUAUCGAGUUUGACCAAAAUUAUGGACCGAAAGACACUCAGUAAGCCUGGAUUUACGUUUUGAGAGGCGAAUAACAGUGUAUAAGCACUUUGAGGGUUUGCCAGACACAUGUUUAUCAUUCAAAAAUCUUCUUUUGGAUUAGCUCUCCCUCGCUUCAUGAAACUCAUCCCGAUACAAUCGAUACAAGUAAAUCUUUGAUUGGAAACGAUUUUACGGACAUACCUAAAUCACUUUGAGGAAAUUAUUGAGAGGCUCAGUCUAAAAACAAGCAAGUUGCAUGAAGAGAACGCUUGAAUCAAGCUAGCUUAUUAGCAGAAGGAUGCACGACAUUUGCCUUCAAUUCAUUUCUGUGCUGACGUAUUCCCUCUUUACAAAUUUCCCUUUUCAUUUCCAAAUUCUUUCUCCGGCUGUUAAAAUGAAUUGCAUGUAAAAAGUGCAAGAGGAAUAAAGGAAGUUACACCUUCUAAUAAAAUCUUUCCUUAUAGUUAAAAUGAUUCUUGAAACUGAGAGUGUUUUGAUCAAAGCAGUGUAAAUCGAUUUGAAUCAGUGCAUGGAAUCCUGCGUUUUUGUUUUUAUCUCCCCAAUAUGAUAUCAAUAUGAACCUGUAAAUUUCAAAGAGCUACACAAGAGUCAUACAAAGGCAAAAGAUACAAUUGACCGAAAAAAAAAGGGACGUUGUAAUGUCAACUACAUUAAACACCCGCAUAUAUAAUUUAUAAGAACCAACACUGUAACUCAUAUGUCUACUUAUAUAAGUAAUCGUAUUUGUUUCUCUUUUCAUUUAAAAUUUCCUUUUUUAUGUAUCGAUGAAAGUAAUAUGUUGGGGUUUCCCCCUUACCAACUUUAUUUGCAGAUUCUUCGACACCAUCGUCACAAAAGACCACUAGCUCAACUUCAACAGGUUAGUGAUGUUAAGGGGUGGUCACUAAGUAUAGUGUUACAAUGGGACUAAUUGCAGUGGCGGAUCCAGACCGUCAUAUAGGGGGCGCGGUCAUCCAGACCCUGAGAUAGGGGAUGGGGGGCGUAAAAAAAAUUUUUUUCGACCUAUCAGGCCUCAGUUUGGUACAAAAAUAACGGGGAGGCCCGGCCCCCCAGGGCCCCUUCCCUGGAUCCGCCUCUGAACUGCCAAACAAAUCUAAAAAUAGUAUCCAGAUCUUACACACCGUAUUCACAAAUGGCGGACACGCGGGAAAAAACUGGCGCCUAGUCAUGAAAGCGAGGCGUUGGAGGGUAAACAACAAUUGCAAAUGAAGACUUUCAGUGAACUUGCAGAGUGUGUAGCACGGAUUCCACCAAAAAUAACUUUGUACGGACUUCUUUUUAAAUACAAUUACGUGGGAUGUCUUCUGCUUUUAAUUUUUAGUAUUGAUUUGCUGUUUGCAAUCAAAAGGGACGCGUAUAUCUUCAAGGAAACAGGAUGAUUUUGUAGGUUUCCGAAGAUCUCCGAAGCGUCAGAAGCUCGGCAAGUGGGCGAUGGCUGGAGAAAAGCCGCAAACAUGUUGGCCCAAGCUUCACACUGAAACCGAGUUCGAAAGCCAGCUCACUGCAAUUCGGUAAAACAGAAAUAUAAACAAUGCAAAUCUUGGUGGCAAGAAAAAAAGAAAUAAGCGACAAAUAUAUGGCCUACUUGUUAACGCAAGAGACGUGUGCCAUUGAACAAAACAGUUCAAGUCGAGAUGGAAAAAAGGAAGACUGGAAAGAAGCGGUGACUGAGGUUUCGAUGAAGUCAUGUUUGGUUUUUGUUUGCCAGGACGUUAUUCUCUGGUCUUAAUCGAUGAAGGACAUCAAUUAGAACUAUUUUUUUAGUAUAAAUGCAGGAGCGAUCGAGUGGACUACCCUCAAAAUUUCAACUUGUUACUCGGCAGACUCGGUAAGCCGGCCACAUAUCAUUUCAGCGAGUAAUUUUCCUAUUUCUUAUCUUUAGCUGUUAGGAGUUUUAACUUCAUGUUCCAUAAUAUUUUAAAGGUGAAGAAUACGUAAAUAAAUAAAAUGAUGGUCUUCUUCAGCGGAUCCAGGCUCGAAUUUAAUAAUUUAAUGAUUCGAAACAGAAGCUUGCCGUGUUCAGUCCUGACACAAACAUUGCCUUAAAAGUUUAACCCAGUAAAAUGUGAACUUUAUACCACUUUUUUACCAAGAGCUCUCCGAGAUAAUGCCCUUAAGGAGACCAGGCAAAUAGCAAGCCAUAAGAUUGCCACACUAGAGCUUCUAGUUUUGAUAAAAUUAUUUUAUUUCGCAAUGACAAAGAAAUCAAAAGAUUUUUGCUAAGCUCUGCCAACGUACCUCUAACAAUUCACUCCAAAGCGACGGAAUUAAUAUCAUCCAAAGGAAGUUGUAAAUACAGACAUACAUAGAUAUGUAUAAAAUGACACUGACAUGAAUGAAUGAGUCUCGUGAAUGAAUCUUUCACCCGCUCUCGACUUGACCUGUUUUGUGUAAUAGCGGAGGUCUCUUCCGUUGACAAGUUGGCCAUAUAUCCGUCGCUUAUUUCUUUUUUUCUUGCCACCAAUAUCUGUUUUUACUUCUGUUUUACAGAAUUGCAAUGAGCUGGCUUUCGUAUUCGGUUUCAGCGUGAAGUUUGGGCCAACACGUUUGCCGCUUUUCUCCCGCCAUCGCCCACUUGUCGAGCUUCUGAGGCUUCGGCAACCUACAAAAUCAUCCUGUUUCCUUGAAGAUAUACGCGUCCCUUUUGAUUGCAAACAGCAAAUCAGUACUAAACAUUAAAAGCAGAAGGCGUCCCACGUCAUUGCAUUUGAAAAGACGUCCAUACAAAGUUAUUUUAGGUGGAAUCCGUGCUAAACACUCUGCAAGUUCACUGAAAGUCUUCAUUUGCAAUUUUUGUUUACCCUCCAACGCCUCGCUUUCAUGACUAGGCACCAGUUUUUUCCCGCGUGUCCGCCAUUUGUGAAUACGGUGUAUCGCUUUUCAAAUAACACGAAACAAUGGAAGAAAACAGAACCACCCUAAGUCGGCCCCUGAGUCGCGGGACUGUUAUGGGAAUUCAAAAGUAAUUACCGGGUGUCAGUAAACCGCAGGGUCGCGGCCGGGGCCGAGGUCGGGGUCUAUUUCUUUAUUUAAAGAAUACUGUUUUAGGGUUAGGAUUAGGGUUAUGCUAGGGUUAGGGUUAGGAUUAGUGUCAACUCGAACCCUAACCCUAAAACAGUAUUCUUUAAAAAGAAGAUAGGCCCCGACCCAAGUUCUACUGACACCCGUAAUUACCAACAAGUUGCAUCGUGCUCCAGUCUAAAGACACAUUUUCACAAACUCAUAUGUUUACCUCAAUUAGUAAUCGUAUUUGUUUCUCUUUUCAUUUGAAAUUUCCUUUUUUAUUGUAUCGAUGAAAGUAAUAUGUUGAGGACGUUUCCCUUUAUCAACUUCAUUUGCAGAUUCCUCGACACCAUCGUCACAAAAGACCACUAACUCAACUUCAACAGGUCAGUGAUGUUAAGGGGUGGUCACUAAGUAUAGUGUUACAAUGGGACUAAUUGUACGUAGUGGCGGAUCCAGACCUUCAGAUAAGGGGGGGGGGGCAUCCAGACCCUGAGAUAAGGGGAGGCGGCCUUAAAAAUUUUUUUUCUACCUAUCAGGCCUCAGUUUGGUCCAAAAAUAACGGGGUCGGGGUCUAUUUCUUUAUUUAAAGAAUACUGUUUUAGGGUUAGGAUUAGGGUUAGGGUUAGUGUCAACUCCAACCCUAACCCUAACCCUAAAACAGUAUUCUUUAAAAAGAAGAUAGACCCCGACCGGCGUUCUACUGACACCCGUAAUUACCAACAUAAAUUUAAAUGGCUAAAAAAAAUAAUAAAAUAAAACCAGGAUAGUCUGCCGAGUUACAAGGCGCCCCAUUUUCUUAGAAAUGUCGCUAUCAUGAAAGAAACGUCCUUUUCCUGCGAUUCCACUUGAACAAAUGAUCGCCACGCGCUUUCCCGAUCUCAUCAGCUCUUUGUAUAUUUCCUUAACCAAAAACGAUUUUCCCGUACCACCCUAGCCUGUUAUAAAGACAUUAUGUCGCAGUCGAACCAUAUUCAGCACCUGGCGCUGGUCCUCAGAAAGUCUAUCAAACAUCAAUAGGGCAAGGUUAUAAGUGCAAAGGAAAUAACAACGAAGAAAGAUUUACAAAACUUAAAACGAGCAAAAGAUAUAAGUGAAUUUUGGCUCUUACGGCGGCAUUUGUACAACAGGACCAAAUUUAAAGAGAGGUCGGUCACGAUGGUUCACAUAUUUAAGUGAUGGAACGUUCAGUUGUAUUGACAAGAAGUCCGCGUCUUACGGCCGCAUUAAUCACUAAAUAUGUUAAUCGCGCUAAUUCUUUGUUUACUGGUGCACAUGCCUUUCACAUUCGUCUCAGUUAUCGCAAUUCAUAUUCUGUCCUAAUUUUCUGUAACAGAUGUCAAUUUAGUGUCAAUUUAGCGUCAAAGUACUUUUGGAGUACAGACUAAUAAUCGUAGAAAUACAGAUUCUAGAGGGUGUGAAUGGGGUUAACCGACUAGCGACAAAGGGCUAAAAACAUUACUGACUACCGACAAAACGAGUAAAAAAUUACCGACUACCGACAGGAAAAAUAUUAACCGACUACCGACAUGGGCUGACAUUAUCAAUAUUUGUUUCAGAAAAAAAAGAGCAUUUUGCAUUUUUUUCCAGCCGUUAGGAAGUAACCUCUUUAAAUUUAUGACUCAUCAGAUGGUCUAACAGAAAGAACUUCCUCUUUUGUUGAUACGGCUACAUUACUACAACCAAUAUCAUAAUCACAGAAGCCACAGUCCUUAAAGAUACUACCCACUUUAUAUAUUUUAUUGAAAAGACAAAGCUGAUAAAACUGAACAUUUCUUGUUUCGGUCCGAGAAAUGUUUAGAUUAAUCCUAAAAGAAAAUUCUUUCCAGUUUAAUGGAAAGCACUAUCAGUAAGAAACCACAGUACCGCGAUGAGCACAUACAGCAGUUUCCUUUCCAACAUUUUCAUGGCCGCAUAUAUUGAAACACAAAGUUUAAGCAAAACCGUCUUUAAACCAACUGUUUGAAAAUGCUACAUAGAUGAUAUUUUUUUCCCUAUGGGACAUAAAUAAACCAGACAUGGUAGAUUUCUUCAAAUUCACGGAACAAGUAAACUUACUUCACCCUACUGGCUAUGAAAUUUACGCCCGAAAUAUCUGACUCUGAGACAAUCUUUUUAGACCCCGUUGUAUACCAAGUCACAACAUUCAACGAAAAAUGCGAAAAAGCUAUCAUUGACGUAAAGACGAAUUUAAACGGAAACCUUCCAGUAUAUACAUUUUCACCUCUUACCACCCACCGAAUGUUAAAAUGGAUUUGACCAAUUUUUCCAAUUAGAAUAAAAUAUUAUCAUAAUUACACGUGGGAAAAUCAAUGGCAGAGCUACAGUGACACAAUACAAGCCCUUAGUGUCUAUUAUAAAAGAAACUUUAAGGUAAAAGUGUAAUCUCAUACAAAACCAACCACUACCUUGCCAACUUAACCCUCAGACGUACACGCAAAAUCAUACCCCCACCAUGGUACAAGAGGAUGGUAGAUGGAACCCCUCCCCAGAGUUUUUGAUAUGUUGCAGUAUUUCGACGCGAUUUUGCCUUCACUGAAAAGCCUUUGAUCUUAUGAAUGGCGGCACUGCUGGAAGCCUGUUACGUCACGAACAAUGGUCGCCAUCUUUGCCGCCAUCUUGGAUAGUACAAGGAAUUAGAAAUCAGGUUAAAACAAGGAGAAAUGUUAAUUGCAUGACAUGAAUAAUAACACAUAAAUAAGCACUUUGCAUGAUUUUAGCUACAAGAUUUUUCUUUUAUUGUUGAAAAAAGUUGAAAAAACAUAUAUCACUCAAAAUGGCUUGACAACCUGAUACUUAUUACGUCAUACCUCGUAACCAUAGAAACUGAUCAUCACUAAACUUUUCUUAAAAUGCGUGCGAGGGAUAAACGAACAUCUACUGAAAACGUCAGGUGCUGAUGUUUGAUCCUCUUGGAAAAAUCCCAGAAAACCUAAAGGGGGGUGGCAUCCACCCCCCCACCCCUUGUAUGUCCGAGGGUUAAAGUGUUAUUUCUUUGAGGAAGGAAACUUAUGGCAAAGGAUAGAUGUGCAGCCCGUCACCCCUUGCAGUUUUUCACUAAACUGAUAAUUUAAGUAUCCAAAAGGCUGCGGUUCAUUAAUUAUUUAAUUACUUUUUACUUUGCCGUGUAAUCGACAGGGAAACCAAGUUCGCAUUUACAGUAAGAGGUUUGGUGAUCUUAUCAGUACGCAUGAUAUUCAUUUGGCAAACAGUGGUGAAAUAAACGACCACAGGAGCCUAUCGGCUCCUGACGAUCAUGUUGCAUAAACAAACAAGAGUUAAUGAAGUUAAAGUGGCAAUCAAAUGAUGCAUUCUUACAAGUUUUACUCUUUCCCUAGGGAUCAAAGUCUUGAAACUUGGUGAAAUACAUAAAAAAUGUUAAUAAUUAACAAGCGUUUUUACUUAUUAACUGAGAUUUUCGGACAACCGACAAAAAUCAAGAAGUUUAACCGACUACCGACGAAGAUCGAAAAUCGACUACCGACAAAGUAACUGAAUUUUAACCGACAACCGACAAAUGGACCCCCCCAUUCAGACCCUCAUUCUACGGUUAUUAAUCGUUCUUUGCACGCCAAACCAGUGUAAUAAUCGUAAAAUACUACAUUUUCAGUUUAUUAACCGUGAAAGACGUAACUUUACGGUUAUUAUACGUGGAAUUGUACGAUUAUUAGUCGUAUGAUGCGUAUUUCCAGACUAUUAAUCGUAAAAACGCAAAAGUUAAAUUAAGCCGGAUCAUUCUUGCUCCGUCCGCCAUUACGGUCGAAAAUAUCCACAGCCGAGUCUUCUAAUCACUCUCUCAUUUCUCUCCAAUGUUUAUUUACCUGAAGUCUUUAGUGGUCAAGCUUUCCUUUCGCCAAAAGUAAUAUAUAACCAAAAUUGCUUAGGAAAAACCAGCAUUCUGAACAAUUUUCCAAGUCUACUGUGAUCGAUGCGAGGCUUCAAAAUGCGAUGGGACUGUUCUCGCUAGUUCAUAGCUCUUAGUUUAGCAGAAGUGGGCCAAAAGAGAAAAAACUAUCACUGUCUCACAGAAAAAAAAAAGCCAGUUUUAUGGUUAUUAAAUUAUUAGGGUUUAAAAUGAUGAAGUCAUAUCAAAAUAUUAGGUUUUUUGGUUUUACACUGCUCGAUAUUCUCAACUCAGCAGUACAUCAAGAUACGUACGGAGAAAUGUCGUGAAUGACCUUUUUAUCAAGUUCAGUCAACUCUUUCAAGUGAAGAUGAUUUUAUUUUUAACUUUUUGUCUAGUUAAGUUCAGUUAAAUAUUCGAUAGUUGUACAAAAAACCUUUAAACUUAUUCCUGAAAACUUUCAAAGAUUUUAGAGAUGGAAUAUGAACCUGUUUUAAGCCUAGUUUUUCAGCGCUUGCUGGCGUGGCUGAGUGCGUUAUUACAAUAAUUUUUCUCUGUGUUUUGCGUCCAAAGGCGCAAGUUCAAAUCUCGUCGGAGACAAGUUUUCUCUUCUUCUUCUUUUUUUUUUUUUGCUGGUUUUCUUUUUUAAAACCCUUUUUUCAUUUUCAAUAAAUUUUGUUUUAAUUAGAUGACUUAAUUUUCAAGUUGUUAAAAACAAAAAUGAUAUUCAAACGCGAUCGGCCGUUCAGCAUUCAAACAUCGGACUCAAUUUCUUUUCUUUACUGAUAGACAUAUAAGAUGUUCAUCUAAACCUAUUAAAUCAUGAAAACGAUUUUGUAAAUCUAUUUCUAGGUGAACUCGAUUGGAAUUAUAAUUUAAUAACUAAGUAUUACAGCUUGAAAAAAGUACACAGUACAAAUUAUAAACCAACAACUUGGCAAUACGGCAGCGAUCGAGAUACAAAACUCGGCACUGGAUCGUGCAAGACCUCUAGUUUACAAAUUAUGGCACUAGGAAGCAAAAUGUAACUGGUACUAUGUCAUCCAUUGAGAUUAAGGUGUUGAUCAAAUCCAAUGCCUACCUCUCGAUUCAAUCGUUACAUCAAAAUCGCUGCGAUCGCCGCUCGAUUGCUGACAAGUUCUCUCUUUUUAAUCCGGCUAGCGAUGAAAAGCGAAGCGAUCACACAGAAAAAGCGGCAAAUAAGUCCAACAAGGCCAGCAAAAAUAUCCAAGUAUAUAACAGAACAACUCCUACUCGCAGACAUAAAUAACGUCUCUUCCUUGCCAUGAUUUCAAGACAAACCCUUCGCGCAACGGCCUAGACUAUUAAAUGUGCACGUAUAUCAACACGUGUUUAUCACAUCAUUGAAAGCAAGUAAGUGUUUUAAUGAAAGAAACUGACCUGAUUACGCCUCCAGGUCUUCUCGGCUCACAGUGCCUUAACCUGUAGCGGGCUGCAUUUUUGACGUCGUUUCCUCGUUAAACACAAAAUUCUUCAAAAUUUGGUGAUCAGUAACUGGUUAUGGUGAAUUAUGCGUGUGCUUUUAGCCAAUCAGAAUUGGCGAAAUAUUUUGAAUGAACAAUAAUGUAAUUUAACUGAAGCAAUAAGCGAUAUUGUCUUUGAAUAUUUUCUAGUGUCAACCAGCUCCAACCCAAAUCUAUCUCCAACAGAAGUUCUUAGGAUGGACGCCACUGUUGCCCUUUCUGUUGUCGUAGCAAUCCUGUUCCUUUGUAUCGUCCUUGGGUUCGCCUUCUUUUGCUUUAAACACCAUCAGCGGAAGCAGAUUGUGGAGUAUCGUAAUCUGUUUUUUCCAGUAUACACUGGAAAACACCAGGUAAAAUACCACGUAAAACGAGCUUAAAAUGAAGCCACUACAUAACAACCAGUGCCUGCUUGGAUUCUGCAACUUAUUUUGGCUAAAAAUGAUGUUUGUUGGACUGCUUAAAUUUCACACCCCUCCCAUUCCAAGAUCAUACUCAACACCUACAAUGACAACUUUAAACGCGGAAAAACGGAGAAGGGGGAUUUCUUUUACUUGUGAAAAUUUUGUCUCAGAGGAGCAAUUAAAUUUUAUAAGCAAACGUCUCUCAACCUUUGUUCAAACAUGACGGCGAAAAUAAAAUGAUUUUGCGAUCUUUCAAACUUCAUCUCGAUUCUCGUCAUUUCCUUUUAUAUGUGAAACGUAGGUGACUUUACGUGGAGUAGUUGAAUUUCUAUGGACAGCCAAUUUAAAAAAGGUAAUAAAAAAUCUAUUGUCAGUGCCGGUUAACGUCCUUCGCAAAACGCGCAUUGGGACUAAUUUUUCACGUCGUAGUCGUGCAAUUAAGUUUGAUGGCCCGUGCAAAGUUGUUGUUUUUGGUUGUUAAUCCGACCCGCUACUGGUCUACCUUCUCGUUACCGUCGUCGACUCUCUUUUGCUUAAAAUCCUUAGUAACCUUUCGAAAGUGGAGGGUUGCUUUACUUAUGGCCACUUUACGUACAUUCGUGUAAACUCUCAUGGUGUUGGACACUUUUGAGAAAUGAAUGAUUAUACAUUUAUCAGCAUCUGAGUUGCUUGUUCGAGGCCAGUCGAUCGACAGACAUAAUUUGCAAAAUUGCAACCAUAGAUUGCUUCUCGUUUUAAAAUAGAUAUAUACUCACGGAUAAAUAGAUGUAUAAUCACGGAUAGUAAAUAUGGCUGACAUUUUGUUCAUUUCAUUUCAGGCUACGAACCAGUCUGUUCCGCAAAAAUAGUCACGACUUUUUUUGUCGACCUACCGUGAACGAGGUGCCUAGUUUUUUUGGGGAGUGGCCAUAAAUUUAAGUCUACUUUUCAAACCUAAACUGGCUUUUGUUUAUUCUUUGACUCGAUUAAAAAAGUGAUCCAUCGCCCUGAAAUGGCCUUCUAAAUUCAGGUAAUACUCAUGAACCAAACAGUUUCCAGUUGGAGGGAAUAAACUUACGAUUGCUUAGACUAAAUAGGUCCCUACUGUAUACGUCAAUUAAUAAAAUAUUUCUUGAUUGUUUUAGAUUGACCCUAAUCGUACACUGCUUGAACAAUGUAAUGAUCUGCCUUAUGACCCUGAUUUCGAGUUUCCUGAGGACAAGCUCAUUCUUGGGGAGUUGCUAGGAUCAGGGGCCUUCGGAAAAGUCAUUAAAGCAGAGGCUAUAGGAAUAAACAACUUUAGUCCCAGAGACAAAAGUCAAAAGAAAAGUCAGCGGUGGCCUAAAAUGUUUCGUCAACACAGGGCCGGCCAUGCGUACCACGAUCCCAGAGGCAGUGCGUACACGAAGACCAUCGUAGCUGUAAAGACUGUUAAAGGUAAUGUUUCAAGUCAAGAGAUCUCUAUUUCAACUUGUGUAACAUUUACCAUGGAGCAAGGAUGGCUGGUACUUGUCGGGGGUUGGUGGAGGGAGACAAAAAAGGAAUUUGGUUUAUAGUUACUGUAGCAGCUGAUAAUAUGCAGGGGAGGGGACAAGUUACCAGAUUGCCUGCGCGGUAAUGAUGUGGGAGACGGGGUAGGGUUGAUUUAGGAAUCUGUGCCUACCAGUGGAAAAAACUCCAGCCAUGCCCCUGGAUUCAGCAUGGGUGAGGUGGGCAAUUCACAUAGGGCCUCUCAUGCAUGAGUACCGUUCGUGCUCAUUCCUAUUGCUGAGGUCUGUGCCCAGUUAAAGUGAACGUUGCUUGUUACAUGGUCACAUGGACUCCAAUAGACCCUGUGGAAACUGCACUUUUUUUAACUGACCGAGUACGAUAUUUUGGCACUUCAGGGGAAGCUCCUAAAGAGGAAGUAAGAGACCUGGCAUCAGAGCUGAAAAUUCUAAUUUGCGUUGGAGAACACAAAAACAUUGUAAACCUCCUUGGUGCUUGUAUCAAGCGAGAUCGUAUCCUUGUCAUUCUGUAA